AUGGGCAGAUCCUUCAAUAAAUUCCGAGCGACUAAGCCAAGACCAACAUGUUCUUCUCAUCACGGGCGUGUGUGGGCGGGGAGAAAGUCACUCUCGUCGAAGGGCGUGUUUCUUACUCGUGGCGGAGAGCACGAAGGCGCCGCCGGUGGCCCUGUAGGCGCUGGGCUAGCGAGCGCGGCGCCCUCGAGCACGACCGGCGCCCCCGAGCACGACCGGCACCCCCGAGCACGACCGGCGCCCCCGAGCACGACCGGCGCCCCCGAGCAUGACCGGCGCCGACUAGCACGACCGGCGCCCCCGAGCACGACCGGCGCCCCCCGAGCACGACCGGCGCCCUCGAGCACGACCGGCACGACGAGCACGACCGGCGCCCCCGAGCACGACCGGCGCCCCCGAACACGACCGAGCUCGACCGGCGCCCCCGAGCACGACCGCACGACCGCGCUCCCGCAAACCACGACCGAGCACGAGCGGGGGGGGCACCCCGAGCACGACCGAGCACGACCGGCGCCCCCGCGCACGACCGGCGCCCCCGAGCACGACCGGCGCCCCCGAGCACGACCGAGCACGACCGGCGCCCCCGAGCACGACCGAGCACGACCGGCGCCCCCGAGCACGACCGGCGCCCCCGAGCACGACCGGCGCCCCCGAGCACGACCGAGCACGACUGGCGCCCCCGAGCACGACCGAGCACGACCGGCGCCCCCGCGCACGACCGGCGCCCCCGAGCACGACCGGCGCCCCCGAGCACGACCGAGCACGACCGGCGCCCCCGAGCACGACCGAGCACGACCGGCGCCCCACGCUCGAGGAGAUCGUCGAGGCAAGGAUGCUGCGUCUCUUGCCACUGACCAACGGAUGAAGAUGAUAGUAUAA